AUGUUACUUUUGCUUGAGUUGUUUUUUAUCCUCAUAAGUAUUUCGAAUGGAGAAAAUGAUUAUUUACAUCUUCGGGUGAUAAAUCCAUCUACUCUGCCAUUUACAUAUCGCUUAAGUCCUGGUCAAAUAGGACCCCAUUUUAAUACAACAUUUACGUCCACGUCAUUAGUGCUAACAGAACCUCCUCACGCAUGUGAGCUGGUAAGUAAUGCACAUGAAGUGAAUCGAAAUAUUGCUCUCAUAAUUCGUGGAGGUUGUAGUUUCGUCACGAAAGCUAUUAAUGCUCACGUUGCCGGUGCAGUUGCUGUGAUUGUUUAUGAUUUUAACCGCAAGGCUAUCCACACAUUUAGCAUGAUUCAGGACGAUACUUCCAGACGUGUGCAGAUACCAUGUGCGUUUAUGAAUGGAAAAGAUGGGCAUUCAAUAACCACUGCUUUGGAUAAUUUAAAUCUAACAAAAGCAUUAGUUGAUUUUCCUGUUAAUGUUUCUGUGGUUCCAGUAUAUCACUUACGUUUAACUCCAUGGACAUUAUGGUAA